UUCGAAUUGGACCGGCCCACAAGGGACCGGUUCGGGUCGUGUUUUCCGACCCGGCAUGUCGGCCCGGAAGCAGCCGCGAGCUUAAAGCUGGCGAUCGGCGGACAAAGCUCGAACCUGUUUUCGGCCUUGUGUGUUCGAAAGUGACCGGCUAGAAUGGCGGUGGACUUGGACCCGGCGUCCCAACGGCAUGAAGAAGAGGAGGAGGAGGAGGCUCAGGUGCCUGAGGAAGGUGCACCGGCGCAUCACCCCGUCGCACCGCCUGACGAGUUAUUUGAUAUCUCAACAACAGUCGACCCGAGCUACAUUAUCUCUCUCAUAAGGAAACUUAUACCAACCACUCAGUCUGAUAGCUGUCAUCUUAGUGGAGGGGUUAAUAACAGCGGCAAUGAUCAUAAGUUUGGGAUGGAUUGUAGUCAAGAAACGGAAGUUUUUCCUGCCGAUGGUAAAGUAGAGAGCUCUUUAAGGAACAAGUCCGAGAUUAUGCCCAUGGGUCAAGAAAUUGAUGGGCAUGGUGUACCUGCGGGAGAAGAGACUUGGGAAGAGUACGGCUGCAUUUUGUGGGAUCUUGCGGCGAGUCGUACUAAUGCAGAGCUUAUGGUUCAGAAUCUUGUACUCGAGGUCCUGCAGGCAAACCUCAUGGUUCCCCAAUCUGUCCGUGUUAAAGAGAUUUGCCUGGGAAUUAUUGGGAAUCUAGCCUGUCAUGAAGUGCUCAUGGAUAGUAUAGUGUCUACCAGUGGGUUGAUUCAGACAAUAAUUGAUCAAUUGUUUUUGGAUGACAGCCAAUGUUUAUCUGAAGCUUGCCGGCUGUUAACCUUAUGUCUUCAAAGUAACGAAUGUGUCACUUGGGCAAAGGCACUGCAGCCCAACCAUGUAAUUCAGCGUCUAGUGUGGAUUGCAGAAAACACCUUGAAUCCUCUUCUUCUAGAAAAGAGCGUUGGACUUAUGUUGGUUAUCUUGGAAAGUGAAAGAGGAGCUGCACCAAUCCUUCUUCCUCGUUUAGAUGAAAUUGGUCUAACAAAGCUGCUAAUUAGCCUCCUAGAUUAUGAGAUAAGCAAAUUGACGAGCGAAAUAACCCCUGAGAGAUUCCCUGUGCUCGAUGUUAUUCUUCGGACUAUCGAAGCUUUGUCUACUAUGGACGAUUAUUCUCAAGAAAUCUCUUCAAAUAAGGAACUCGUUCAGCUCAUUUGCAACCUCGUGAAACUUCCUGACAAAAUGGAGAUCUCCGAGUCUUGUGUUACUGCUGCAGUUUUACUUGCAAACAUUCUGUCUGACGAACCUGACUUAGCCGCUGAGAUGUCACAAGAUUUACCUUUGUUACAGGGUUUGUUCGAUAUAUUGCCUUUUACAUCAAACGAUGCUGAAGCGAGGAGUGCAUUAUGGAGCACAAUUGCUCAGUUACUGAACCAAAUCAAAGGAAGCACGAUUGAACUGUAUCGGUAUGUCUCGGUUCUAGCAUGCAAGUGUGAUCUGAUUGAAGAAGAUCUUUUAGAUCAUCAGUUAGAUCAAUUGGACAAGCAUGAGAGCUCAGACACUCGUGGGACAAAAUCAAAUCCUGCGAUUACUGCACUUAGACAGAUAGUCAGUAUAUUAAACGACUGGACCAGCUCAAAAGAUAUUGCUGAGGAGAAAGAUGUGACCGAGGAGCAUCGUGCAAAUUAUGGAGCUGUUAUUAGAUUGCUCGAGGUUUGUGAUAGAUAUAUCAAAUGAUUAGAAGUCCAGAGCUUGAAGAAGUGAUUUUUGACUCCUCACGGCACCGAAUUCUGCUCUUAACCAGAGCCUGCCUCAGGAUUCGUGGAUUUGAGAUCAUUGGGCAUUCGAGCUUUUUGCCUCGCCUCCUUAACAUGAGCUUUUUGCCUCACCUCUUAGAAAGGGAUAUCCUGGUGGAGCAGGGAUGAGUAGCCCCCGUGAUCAAAUAGAGAGCAGGAAAUCCUCCACUUUCGGUAUUUGGAGCUAAAAUACCUGGAGUGGAUUCAAAGCAGACACAGUAUGAUCCCUUCACCUGCUGUGGAGCACUUGACUGAUGCAUUUGUCAUUUGCUGCAGUCUGCUUCGAUGCUGAGCAAGAUCUCAUUCUAUUCCCACGAGUCAUCUUCUCUGAGCUGCUGCUGCUUGUAUCGUGAGAAUUUCUAGUUGAACGAACAAAAGACCCGAGAGACUAAUGAGUGUUCAUUUGCAAUUAAUACUUGUACUAGACAUUGUUCUCUGUUCUUUUUACAGAAUUUUCACCCUUGUUCAAUUGCAUAGAACAGAAAGUGCCACAGCGGAAA